UGUCAAAUUGAUCGCAGUUACGUUAAAUCAAUUUUCUCGUUCUCGAGUGCGUGGUUACGAAGAGGCAGCUGAAGAAGAGAGUUUUUAGCGAUCCCCAAGGGCUGAUUCUGUCUAAAAUAUAGGCAAAAAAAAUAAUCAUCUCCAUUUUCUGCGUAGAUAAAAUAUUCUUGGAUAAUCAGUAAGGAAGGCUAAACUUUGUUGUAUGCAAGCAAAUGAAAAUUACUAAACGAAUUAAUAAACAUGGAUCUUGAUGUUUCUACGAAUCUGAAUAAAUCCAUUCAGAAAGGAGAGUUCCAGGACGUACGCGAUAUAUUGGACGUGAGUGGAGUGCCGCCACAAGACGACACGUGGGAGGAUUUUCACAUUUUGAACGAAGCCCUCAAGUACGGGCACAAGGAAAUCGCUAAUUUGCUGAUCAGGCGGGGCUGCAAACGAAUCAAUAUCACAGACGAGGACUUCACCGAUGACACUCCUCUGCAUCAUGCCGUCGACACUUACGACCUGGAAUUGGUGCAACAGCUCGUGUCGAUGGGCGCGUGGCUCGAUGCCGAGAACAAGAAAAUGGAGACUCCCAUCCAUCGCGCCGGCAAACAUUACUUGAUUCGCCACGAGCCCGAACUGUGCAAGUACUUGCUGGGCUUGCACCUCGAAGCCGCAAGCUCCAACUUGCAGGAUCGCAAUGGAUUCUCGUACUUUCACGUUGCCAGCGCCUGUGGCGACAACGACUCCAUCAAUACAUAUUUGGACUGCAACGUCGACGUGAAUCAGAAAAUACGUUCGGGAAAAAGAAAGGGAUAUACUCCGCUACACUUUGCAGUCAUGUAUAAUCGCCUCGACACGGUCAGAUUAUUGCUAGACAAUGGGGCCAGUGUGGAGCUGCCAAACGCUGUCGAUAAUUCGACUCCGUUGCACAUGGCAUUCGAAUGUCAAAAUAAAAAAAUUACCGAAGAAUUGAUCUCGAGAUUGGAUAAAAACUGCAGUAAUCUGACUAACAAACGCGGAAUUUCACACUUCUUCAUAGCGUGUACCACCAAUAACACCGAAAUUGUUCAACACUUCAUAAACGAUGGUGCAGAAAUUUGCAAUUACAUCGACUACGCCGAUUCAAUUUACAAGGGAUACACCCCGCUGCAUUUUUCGGCACAAUACGGGAGCAUCGAAACAACCAAACUUUUAUUGGAUACAAAUCCCCAGUGUUUGUUUAUGGAUACCGCACCUGUGGCUCCGCUUCAUUUAGCAUUUCGUUACGGACACAACGACAUAAUUGAUCUCUUAUUAAAAAUAUACAACACUGUGUACCAGUGCAAAUCAUCCCGAAAUACAUUUGAUAUUUCGCACUUGCAUAUUGCGUGCUACAGAAAUAACAUUGAAAAUGUAAAAACACUGUUAAAGUUCAAUCAAGCACUACUACAACAGAGGUUUUGGGAAAAUUCCUUUGUCGGCUAUACGCCGUUGCACGUGGCUGUCGAGCAGCAAAAUAUAGAAACUAUUAAAUUAUUAUUAGAGGAUUGGGCUGAAAUAGAUGCCCGAGAUAGCUUUGGAUCGACUCCGUUGCAUUUAGUUUGCCAAGGAUCUCAAGUUGGUAUCAAGAUGUUGCAAAGAAAACUCUUGAAACUGAUCAAAGCAGGAGAUUUCGAUAAAGUCAUUGAUUCGAUUAUAUCUGCUAGCAAGCAAUGGAAAAUAAUAAAAUUAUUAAUGAGCAGCAAAAAUAAAAAUGUGAAUCUAGUGGACAAUUUUGGAAGGACUCCUCUCAUGGAAACUUACAACAACAAGAAUAAUUCCAUAAUUCUCUCCUUGUACAAUAAUUUGGAUACUAGACCGUUGGAUAAAAAGAGAAAAAAGUUGGGAGAAAUCAUCUCCCUUUUAAAUGUUAGACAUAAAUUGUUGGUGCAAUGUCUCGUAGAUCACGGAGCAGAUUUGAAUCAGCAAGACUCGUCCGGCCAAACCGUACUGCAUUAUCUGGCGAAGAAAAAUAAAAAUUUUGUGAAAAUCGAGAAGGACCUACUGAAGAUGUACAUCGCCAAGGGAGCCGACGUUAAUUUGACAGAUUCCACGGGUCACACGCCGCUCUACUACGCGGUGUGGAACGGCCACAAAGCGAUCGUCGACAUACUGCUGAGGCACAAGGCCGAUGUGAAUUGGCCCGAGAGCAAAUACACGAGGAGUCCGCUUCACGCGGCCGUGAUCGCGGCUCGCUCGAAGCAGCACAAAAACGUCGACGAUUACGUGGCCAUAAUCGAGAGUCUGAUCGAGCACGGGGCCGACGUGUACGUCCGGACCAACAAGGGCCUGACGGGUCUGCACCUGGCGCUGCUGCGCGAGGGCAAAGAUCGGGGCUACUUCCGCCCGGAGCCGAGUACCGUCAACUACCGCGACCGGGGCUCGCUGGCGCGCAGGAUCUAUCGCCACUUCGACGUGAACGUGCGCGACUACCAAGGCAUGACGGCGCUGCACUACGCCUGCCUGGACCAGGACGUCUUCAUGGUGCCUGCUCUGCUCGACGCGGGCGCCGAUUUGAAUGCCCUGGACCACAAGGGCCGAACACCCCUGACCAUGUGUCUCGACAUGAAAGAGCGUCUGUGCAUCCACUACUUCUUCGUGAACCACGUGAAGAAGCUCGAGCGAAUCUCGGCGCCGUUGAUCGACAAGAAUUUGCAGGCUUACCACGAGCUCCAGAACAGCGAGUACAAAAAGUUCUGUCUGGUGAAGUUGCAGAGUAUUCUGGACGUCUGCGAUUUCCACUACGUCACCGACGACGAGUGCAACGAGGAGAUCGAGAAAAUGAUGUCCGUCAGAAUCGACGACUUCGCUCGACUCUACGAUCUCAUUUUCAUGAGCUCGAAUCAAUUGGUCCGUUAUAUGGAAAAUGACACUCUUAGGCAAAUUUUGUCCGAUAAAAAUUUGACCAAGAAGUACCCGCUUUAUGGUUAUUUACUCAAGUUGCAACACACCAAAGGGAAGGAAAGAUUGCAACUGGUAAAAUUUGUGGCCCCAUACUUGAUUAAAUUAAUAGGUGCCGAGCUACCGAAAAAUUGUUACGACACGAUAAUUUAUCAUUUAAGCGACGAAAGUUUGUUGUACCUAUACGACUGCAAAGAAAGUCAAGUACUUACCGAAUGUAAAAUCAAAAUUUUAUCUUAACUGUCGAAUAUUUUUUUUGUUUAUGCGUCGAUAUUUGUUGACUUUUUUAUUGGUAAAUAAAUUUUAUCGGAGAUAAAUAUUUUCAAUAUAA